GGGGGGCGGGGCGGGGUGCCAGUGAGGAGUCUCAGAAACAAUGAUGACCCCCACCAGAAGAAAUACCUACAUCAGACACUAGCUAAACAAAAGUUGUUUCUAAUUAGAACGGUAAUGCUCUCUACAUCGCCUUUGACUUAAUCCAAAGUUAUUUGAAAUUUGUUUUGAAGUGUGGUUUAGCGACGUACAUGUUUUGGCUGCUGUGACUUUUUUAAGCGCAUGUGCUGGAUAUGUGGCGCAGACAUUUUCUUCCCGCACGGUGUGCGCGUGCUCUGUGCACAUUGCGAAUUCUUUCCAGUUGAUUUGGGCUCUGCAUUGCUCUUAUUCUACAUUCCGAAGCUAUUCCUGGAUAAUUUUUAAAUUUAGAAAGCAUGUUAGCCGUAGCAUCAAGUUCACUGAGGAUUUUUACCUUCCGGAAGGGUCUAUCAACGUGUGUCCGAACCCUGUAUGGCUCUGCCCGACUCGGUGUCGACUCCUAUGUUCAGAAGAGGGAGAAGCUGGCCCUUCAAAUGGCCAAUUCCAAGGAGGAGUUCUACAGUCGUAUGACAGGUUUUGCUGAGGGUCGUGAAGCUCUGGUGACUGCUGGUGACCUCAACCAAAUGCUGCACCUGGCCAUUGCAGAUGAACAAGACCAGAGCCUGCUGCAGCGCAUGCUCACCAGGUAUCACAGUGAGUCAUCCGGACUGCGGUUCAACAAGUUUGUGUUCGGUCCAGUGGUGAUGCGGAUGUACUGGCACCUGGGCCUGGCCGACAGGGCACUGCAGGCCUUUAACGACCCAGCGCUGACGGGCUUUUUCGACCAGCUGUCGAGCUUUGUGCUGCUGCAGGACCUGCUGUACCGCCAGGGCCGCUACCAGGAGGUGCUGGACACAAUGGAGCAGGUGAUGCAGCGUCAGGUGCAGGGCGCGCGACACCCCAUCGACUGCAUCGUGCUCACCUUGGCCGCCUGCUAUCAGAUGAACAGCGCGGCCUCGUACGAGUACUCCCGCUCGUUGCUGGCGCGGCUGCACGCUGUCGGUCACGUGGUGUCGCGGCGCGCUGUCUCGCUGGCUGCCGCGCUGGCACUGCGCCGCGGUGAGCCGCAGGAGGCGCUGGCCAUGCUACAGCCGCGUACCGACACGGACCGCGCCAUACCGCGAGACUUGCUGGCGAUGUCUCUCGCGGAGCUGGGCAGGCCGAGUCCAGCGGUGGACACGCUGCAGGGCCCUCUGCUGCUGGACCUGCCGCAGCACGUGCGGGAGGCCACCUCGGUCACACAGGACGCGAUGGACAGCGUAGAGGCCGCGGUACAAAAGAAAAGUGACGCGGAAAUCACGUCCAAAUGGAAGAAAGUCAAGCAAGGCUUGGAAAGCUACGGACUAGUCAAAGGCCUGUCGCUACAGGAGGUUCUCACCAAGGAGAUCACGUACCGGCGAAACAUGGGCCAGAAUCGGCGGCCCAACGAACUGGGCGCCUCCUUCAACCGGGGCCGGCGGCCCGAGCGGCCGGCGCUGCGGCCGGGCCUGAAGGACAUGGUGGACUGAGCGCCGGCGCCAGGUGCGGGCGGAGGGUCGCGCAGGUGGGGACGCCUGGUCGGGGAGGUGGGCUGGAGUGGGUGCUGCUCUGAGGUCCAUGAGCUGGACCGUAGGAGGUCUGUAGAUGCUGGUGUGGCUGUGCGUGAGACCCUCGGUCCCGGUGGAUUCAUCUCCUCCGGCUGUUGCUCCAAGAGUUGCCACAUCCGGCCUGGCUGAGGUUGGCAUGAACAGAUGCCACUUGUAUGCGAGAGAGGCCUCCAGUCGGGUUCACCCCUCCGCCACCAAGCAUCUGGUAGGACUAAGAAUGCAUGAGUUUGUACAUUAGGUGAGAGUGUUUAUUGUUUGUGAUAUAUGUGAUGAUCGACAAUUAAACCAUGUCAUGCGAU